GGCACAGUGCCACUGGGGUGUAGGGGAUCAGAACUGAAGAUUCACUCCCAAAAUAAUGGAGAAGUCCAGGAAGGCCUUUGUUGGUAUCCUCCUGUUUACUGUGUCUGUGGAAAUCUGCUUGGCUCAGCACUGGUCUUAUGGCCUGCAACCAGGAGGAAAAAGGAACGUGGACAAUAUGGGAGAAUCAUUUCAAGAGAUUGCAAAUGACAUGGAAAAAUUAGGGGAAGUGCAGAAGACGGAAUGCCCUGGCUCAUAUCAGCAUCCCAGAUUUAGUGAUCUGAAGGAAGCCAUGGCAAGUCUGAUCGAAGGAGAAGCCAGACGAAAGAAGAUUUAAACCCACAAAGCCAAAGGAACAUCAGACCCAGAAUAAAAUUUCAAAGCAACGUUAAAACCA